UUGCGACAAAAACAGUCUUGCUUACAAGGAAAAAUACCCGCAUAAAGUGAGCGGUCAUUAGUGCUUUGUGCUAAACAAGUUUUGUGGUUAGUGGAUUGCUUAUCAAAACAAGUAUGACUGCAUAUGUAGUCGUAUUGAUUGAAAAAGCAACUUGGCAUUACGUAUGAUUGUUGACUGUGUGUAACGUGAUGCUUUGGGUGCUUGGGUUCAUGGGGUUUGUUGCCAAUGUUGGAGCUGCGAGCAUCCGUGGCUCCUUCGAAGGUGCUGUAUGCCGUCCCUUCACUAAUUGUCAUAAGACUGGCCACGGACGCGAAGAUAUCACAUAUACAGUUAAUGGCCAUGCAAUAAUCUUGGAUUUCCUAGACGGACAUCAUUUUAGACUAAGAUGUGACAGUAACCGCAGUGGCGCCUUGUUGUUAUCGGACGACUCUGAAAUGCCGGCUAUGACACGGCAUGUGACCGUGGAGGAAGCAGCAUUCAACCAGUGUGUGAUUCCUCAUAGCACGUAUUACGAUGCAUUGAAGGCAUUUAAUGUCACCGUGACUAAAACGCUUUUUCUAAAAGUGCCCGCAGAACCUAGAUUGGAAAUCCGUCACUUACAGGGCUUGCAAAUAACAAACCUUGAGAUUACUGCAGUCGAUCCAACGAAACCGCCGCGUCCUUCGUUUGACUUCCUAGAUGAGGUGCCUGGAUUGCGGACGCUGAAGCUUACCGAUGUGGUUCUGGAACCAAAAACACUUAGCCGAUUACCAAUCUCACUUCAGAUCCUAAAUAUUGUAAAUGCGAGGCUUCCCGCCGCAGAGAGCGCCCUACGCAACGGCAGCAGCAGUGCGCCGCGUUGGGUUGAACGACUACUUUCGCUCCGUGCUUUGUACCUAGCGGAAUCCUCGGCGAGUUUAGCUGAGUCUCCAGGGGCAAGACUCACACCACCUCAACUGACCUCACUGACUAAUCUGACAAACGUAGCUCUAAGCAACGUGCCACUGGAUACACGGCUUGAGAGUGGGCUGACUAGUUGGCUUAAAGGUUCUACUGUUAAGGAUCUGCGAUUGCAAUCAUGUGGACUAACAGAACUGCCAAGCUCAAUGUUUGAGGGCACAAACAUAAGAAAAGUUAUCCUCGCCUACAAUAACCUCACGUCUUUACCAAAUGGCGUGUUCUUUCCGCUGCAGUGGCUACGCGAGCUGGACUUGUCAAACAAUAAGCUGAAUGGAGUGACUCUUGCACAUUCUGUGGCGCCUCUGACGCGGCUACAGACUCUGAAGGCCAACCACAACCCCCUGGGGUCGCUGUGUGGCGGGGCUCGUAAUACGUUUGUACGAUUAUACGCAAAUUUGCCUCAGUCUUUGCGUCGUCUGGAAUUACGAAGUACGCACGCGACUCGCAUCUGCUAUGAUUGGACCUUCAACAACGAACUUAUGCAUAUAGAUCUCAGUUAUAACGAAAUAGGUGAUCUAACGUACGAUGAACUGGAAAUGAAGAGAAACUUGCACAAGACGGCCGGCGAGCCGGUCUGGCUGAACCUGAGCAACAACUUGUUGCGCGUUAUCGAAGUGUUACCCAGUGACGUCAAGCAAUGCAUAGAAGACGCAUCUUCAACACCCAGCGAUACCGAUGUUCUUGCGCGAGCACCAGUGCAGUUAAAACUGAACGCACUGACGUGCGAUUGCGGCGCUUACUGGCUGCGUGAGUCUCUGCGUGUCUGCUCAAUGUUGGAGCUCGAAGACGACGUCCCAUGCGAAUCGGUGCCUGUGCCCGCACGCGCCACGCUACUCGCUCACGGACCUGAUGAAAUUCUCUGCCCGUAUGACGGCUUCUGUUUGCCAGAGUGUUCGUGCGAAAAACGUCCACGCGACAACGCGACGGUAGUUAGGUGCGCGAGCGCGUUGCCACAGGCGCCUCGCUGGCCGCCGGCAGUACCAGACUUCCCGCUGGCGCUGCACGUGGCACCCGGUAUACUAGACGCCGUGCCACGCCUCGCACUCGUCGAGCUCCAUGCACCCAAUAACAACAUCUCCAACAUUGACGAAGCGGACAUACCUGAAACCCUGCGCGUAUUAGACGUGCGUAAUAACAGUAUCGCACACAUCACACUAGCCGCAGCUCAAUUACUUGGUGGUGAACAUGCUACAGGGAAGAACCGAUCUGUGUUCCUCGCCGGAAACCAGUUAACAUGCAAUUGUGCUGAUGCACCUGCGUUUAGCCUCCUGAAACGAGUGGUACUUGAUUGGGAUACAACACAGUGCGUGGAUAAGAGUUAUGUUUCUUUGAAAACGAAAAACGAGCUGUGUGCCAGUCUUCUGCUGCCGAUACUGUUUGGUGUAGCAGUCCCGUUAUUGACGUUGGUAGUGGCCGGUUUAAUACUGCAACGUCUGUUGCCACGACUCAAGCAACUAUUGUUUAAACGUAACCUAUGCCUCCGCUGGAUUCUCAGUGCUAACGACAAAGUUAACGACCCGGACAAGACGCAUGAUGUAUUCCUGUCAUAUGCCUAUGAUGAUCUUGAAAGGCUUAAUGAACUAAAGAGUGGAUUGGAGAAACUCGGGUACUCUACAAUAGAACACUGUCGUGAUUGGCAACCUGGGGACGCUGUGAUGGAACAGAUUGCCCGCUCGGUGCUGUGUGCUCGCCGCACACUUUUGCUAGUUUCAGAUAACUACGCCAAGUCUAAGUGGGCGCUGGAAGAGUUCCACGCUGCCCACGCGCAUGCGAUGGAGCGCCGAACAGCACGGGUGCUGAUAGUCCGUUGCGGUUUGAAUAAACCUGAAGUACUGCCUUCGGAUCUGCAGCUUUACCUCUUUAAUAAUACAUACCUGGCUUGGGAAGACCCUAAAUUUUGGUAUAAGCUGUACCGCGUCAUGCCUCCUCUGCGUGAAGACUCCAAAUCUAUGCAAUUAAUGCUUAAUAAUAUAAAUCCUCCAACUGUAUUUUUGAAAGAAGAUAUAAAAACAAAUGCUUCAUUUCCACAGAAGAAACCGUUUGAACAUCAGUUAGUAAUCGUUCGACAGCCUGAUACUGUCCCCUGCGCCUGUUGAGAAUAAAAGUUAUUACGUAGGUAACUCGAAAAGCGACGAGUA